CCUCAAACAAUAUAACUAGUAACAAAAUCUCAGUAUAGUCAUAAAAUGGCUCUUAGUGCAUUCUCUUAUACACUCAUCCUUCUAGGUUCACUCUCAAUAUUCAUAGUGACCCCUUCCUAUAGUUUUAAUCCAAGGAAGCUUGUUAAUGUAACUUCAUACUCCUCACCUGAUUCAGAUUGGUCACCUUCAGUGGCCACUUGGUAUGGAUCUUCCGACGGUGAUGGAAGCGAAGGUGGUGCUUGUGGAUAUGGAAAUGCAGUUGGACAAUCUCCAUUUUCUUCACUGAUAUCGGCCGGAAGCCCGGCCAUCUACGACUCCGGUAAAGGAUGUGGUUCUUGUUAUGAGGUGAGGUGCACAGGAAAUUCUGCAUGUUCGGGAAACCCUGUGAGAGUAGUUAUCACUGAUGAGUGUGCUGGUUGUGGCUCAGAUGCUGAAUAUCAUUUUGAUUUGAGUGGCACUUCUUUUGGCUCCAUGGCAGUUUCAGGUCAAGAUCAAGAGCUACGUAAUGCUGGAAAAAUAAACAUGGAACAUAGAAGAGUUGAAUGCAACUAUGCAGGUAGAUCAAUAGCUUUCCACGUGGACUCCGGAUCAAACCAUGAAUAUUUUGCAACAUUAAUUGAGUACGAGGAAGGGGAUGGUGAUCUUAACAAAGUUGAAGUGAAGGAAGCACUUGAUUCAUCUUCUUGGGAUACCAUGCAACAAUCCUGGGGUGCUGUUUGGAAAUAUGAUAAAGGGGCACCACUUCAUGCACCAUUUUCUAUUAGGUUAACUACACUUGAAUCUGGAAAGACUAUUGUGGCAGAGAAUGUGAUUCCUGCAGGUUGGAUGCCUGGUCAGACUUAUAGGUCAAUUGUGAAUUUUUAAGUAUAAAAUGUAUGUUUGUUUUAAGUUUUUUGGACUAUAUAUUAGCAUAUAGUGCUAUAUAUAUGUAUCCUACUCAAUCAAGUCACC